AUGAAGCCGCAAUUAUUCGUUUUAACAAUCCUGUGCGUCUCAUGUGGAGCAAGUGCACUGGCUACUCGUAUCCCUGGUGCGCCCGUGUCAUCCAUAGUCGACAACUUCUCAGCGGUCUUUGGCACAGCGCAGAAUAAUGGAACAGACUCGUCCAUAUCAAAAAGCAGAAGGAAGCGUUAUAUUUCAAUGAACGACAGGGUGGCAAUUCUUGAUUACCACAACAAAGUCAGAGGACGAGUGUUCCCUCCAGCAUCCAACAUGGAGUACAUGGUCUGGGAUGACAUGCUGGCUAAGACUGCUGAGGACUGGGCUCACGCCUGUCUGUGGGAGCAUGGCCCUCCUUACCUCCUCCGCUUCUUGGGUCAGAACCUCUCAGUCAGGACGGGGCGGUAUCGCUCCAUUCUGCAGUUGGUGAAGCCUUGGUAUGAUGAAGUCAAAGAUUACACUUUCCCAUACCCCCGAGACUGUAACCCCCGUUGCCCUCUGAAAUGUUCUGGACCCAUGUGCACCCACUACACACAGAUGGUUUGGGCAACAUCAAACAAAGUGGGCUGUGCCAUCCACACCUGCCACAAUAUGAAUGUAUGGGGUUCUAUAUGGAAACGUGCCACAUAUUUAGUCUGCAACUAUUCACCAAAAGGUAACUGGAUUGGUGAAGCCCCAUAUAAAGUAGGUGUCCCAUGCUCGGCCUGUCCGCCCAGUUAUGGAGGCUCCUGCAGUAACAACAUGUGCUUCCCCACACUCAAGACAAACUACCUGCACUGGUUCAAAUAG